UCAAUGAGCAUUAUAAUAAUUACUGUCAUAAGUUGCAUAAUAUGAGCAAAGAUUAUUAAUAUGCCCAGAGAUCAUCAUACUUCCAAGUCGAAAUUAAGUCUAGGAGAUAAAAUAGGGUUUAAUCCAUCUUCAGGCCCAUGCCAAUUAAAGAAGAAAUGUGAUAAGCCUAAAAACCUGUACCAAGAAUAUAUAGGUGAAUAUCCGGCGUUCAUUCGAACAUUUGGCCCGAAACAAUAUGAAGCUAUGAGCCACUAUAAAGUAACUUUUGCCGCGUACGGUGUCGCCUCGCUGUUGAGUAUUUGCUACAUUUGCGAAUGGAAAGCCGUCCUACAAUACUUACCUUUUUAUAACGGAAAAUAUACCGAUGGUUCCAAAUAGAGAACAGUUAAAUAAUGUUAUAAAUUUUUAAAUAAACGGUUAAUGGAUGUAA